AUGAAUCUACAAUUUAGUCAAACUCAGACUCCCGUGGACCUUGAUUCACCCGAACCUUUAUGGUUCGGUAGCCAAGGUCCUAGGGAGUCUGUUGUCCCUCCUGUAGUCGAGCCUGUAGUCGAGUCUGGUGGUGAGUCUGGUCUGAGGAGGAAGUGGUCUCCGAUGGAGGAUAAGAUCCUUAUUGGUGCUUGGCUUAACACCAGUAAGGAUCCUAUCAUCAGCAAUGAGCAGAAAGCUGGUUCUUUCUGGAGGCGGAUUGUAGAUUACUACAAUGCAAGUCCGCAGCUGGUUGGGACCGUACCGAGAGAGCUAGGAUGCUAUGAUGCGGCUUUGAGGGAGCAGAGAAGUGGCCAAAAUGACGAUGAUGUGAUGAAGGCGGCGUUGGAAAUUUUCUUCAAAACUACCGAGUCCAAGUUCAGCAUGGAUCACUGCUGGAGGGAGCUGAGGCAUGACCAAAAGUGGUGCUCUGUCUACGGGCCAAAGGAGGAUGGAAAGGAAAAGCGUAAACAAGUGAUUGAUGUUGAUAGAGAAGAAGAGGAAGCCGGCGAACCAGAAGGUCGACCUCCCGGGGUUAAGGCUGCCAAAGCUGGCAUCAAGAAGAAGAAAAGUGGUAGAGAGGAGGAGCUGGGGAAGCUUCAGGGGGUUUUAGAAGUCAAAGAAAAAUUGUCUAGAGCUAAGAUUCUAGAUCGUUUACUCGCGAAGAAGGAGCCUUUAACUGAGAUGGAAACAAAUCUAAAAAUGAAACUAAUGUCUGAAAUGCUUUGA